ACAGCUAGCAUAUAUUAUAUUCAACAUGGAGGUAUAAAUAAGACUUGUUUGGGUAUUAUUGGAUAAUUUAAUUGUUUCUUGUGAUAUAAAUAAUAAUUAAUAUAUAAUGUCUCGAUCCAUUCGUGCAGAAACCCGUAGUAGGGCUAAAGAUGAUAUUAAGAAAGUUAUGAAUGUUAUAGAUCGAGUUCGGCAUUGGGAAAAGAAAUGGGUGACUAUUGGUGAUACUACAAUGAAAAUAUAUAAAUGGGUACCAGUAACUGAACCAAAAAAAUCACUGAAACAUAGAGAAAAUAAGGAAAACAUGAGAAAAGCCACGGUUCUUGACACUUCCAACUCAAAUUCGAAUUUUAGUUUGGCAGAAGAUUCUAAUACGUGUUUUUCAACUGUUAGUGAUUCUCAGGGUCCUACUGAUUUUUCCUCCUCUCACAUGACAUUUUCAGAAGAUUCAAAUUCUCAGGGUAGUGAAAUGGUUUCGGUGAAACGAUUAAAAAGUGGGGACUAAACAUUUUCAAAUUUGAAUAAUUUAUUAUUUUUUCUUAUCACCUGCUAUGUUGGUGAGAAGAAUUAGUGUUUAAAACUUUUUUUUAUAUGUGUAGUCUCUGUAUAUACUAUUGUAGUCCAAUUCUUAAUUAUACUGUACUUGGUUUUAGCUAUUAUCUUUAGGGCUGGGUUACUUGUCUUAAAACUGAUAAAGUUUCCCUUAAUUUUUUUCAUUUAUAUUCCAAAUACUUAACUCAAUAAAAGUUAUUUUGAAAGUA